AUGUCUAAUCGAAAAAAACCGUUGGAAUCCUCUCCGGACUCCGCACGUUCGAUAUCACCCAGUCGAAGCUUGAGUCUUAAACAUGAUCAGCACCUCCUGAUGAUUCAAUACAUUAAAACAAACAACGUGAAAAAGUGUCUCUCGAAUUUCACAAAAAGCGAUCUACAGAAAUUCUUGCAUUCGGAAGGAGUGAACCAUGUCUCAGAGGAACUAAGCAAGAAGCAACUUUUGGAUGAGGCACGAGCCAUAGUUUUUAAAUAA